GAAAAACCGAUUAGACUUUUUUGGAAAAGUUUUUUGUUUUGAUUUUUAAAUUAAAAAUUUUUUAAUUUUUGAAUCUUGUUUUACAAAUUGUGACCUUUGUACCUAUUGAAUUAAGAUGAACAAACCUUUGAAAGUAUUUUGUUUUAAUUCGCUAUGGAAUACAUUUGUUUUCGAUGAGAAACUUUACUCUCAGUGGUUAUCAUCAUUCGAUGUAGAGCUAAGAGAUUUACCUGUUGCUAUUGUUUCCAUUGUCGGUGAUGCGAGAAAAGGAAAAUCUUUUCUAUUGAACUUUUUCCUUCGAUAUUUACAACGACACGACCAAGAAGAUUGGAUUGGUGAUCUGGAUGAACCAUUAAGAGGUUUCUCAUGGAGAGAUGGCGUUGAGAGAGAUACUGUUGGGAUCGUUUUAUGGCCUAAACCUUUUGUAUUGACUCGAAAAGAUGGUUCAAAAAUUGUUGUUAUUUUAAUGGACACUCAGGGUUUUUAUGAUGAUCACACAAAGCACGAUACAGUCCGCGAAUUUUUCACCAUUUCAACGAUUAGUUCAUCGAUUCUAAUCUAUAAUCUCAAUGGAAACAUCCAAUCAAAUGAUUUAAUAAAUUUAUCCGAAUUCAGUGAAUAUGCUAAAGUUUAUGCUGGUGAAGCCAAAAUAGAAAAUGGAAUUGAGGCCUUUCAGCAAUUGUUGUUCGUGAUCCGAGAUUGGUCUAAUCGUAAGGAAUUUGAAUUUGGACUCAAAGGAGGAUAUGAUUUCUUGGAAUACAAGAAAGAAAGUCAGAAAGAUAAAUUCUGUUCUCUAUGGGCCAAAUUGGAGAAGUGUUAUUUGGACAUUGAUUGUUGUUUGUUACCUUCGCUUGGAGACAAAGCUGAAGAUCUCGAUUUCAAUGGAGAAAUAAGUAAAUUGAAACCUGAAUUUGUCAAAGCUCUCAGAGAAUUAGUUCCAUCACUAUUAGCACCAGACACAAUUGUCACUAAAUCAAUUGGAGGAGAGGAAGCUCAAUGUUGGCAAGUCUUAAAGAUCUUCAAGAAAUUGGCAAAAAAUAAAGUUAUGGAAUCUAAGAAAUCGCAAUUUAUAAAAAACGGCCCCAUCAUCAUUGAGGCUUUUGAUGAUUCCAAAACAUUUUUCCAUGCCUUAUUUCCUGGUAAAACGUUUGAUCUUGCACUGAUACUGGCUAUUCAAAUGUAUGACAACAGAACAGAUUUAAUUUAUGAUGAUCACGUGUCUUCUAAACGCGCGGAGUUAAUUGUUUACUGUGAACGUAUUCGAGAUGAGGCCAUCAAAAAGAACGAAGCUUCCACCAGUAGGCCAAGAAAUAUCGAUUGGCUCAAAGUGAGCGGAGUCGUAGCCACAAUCGCCUUUACUGUAGGGAAACUGAUCUUGCUAAAGAGACUAUGAGUUUUUAAAACUAACACUCAUUUGAAAGCCAGAGAGAUAAAUGACUCGAUAUAAAUACUCCCCUUGGGAAAUUUUACAGAAACUGAUUAAAUUUUGAUAACACUUUCAAUCGGAGCUUUUCGGGGAGUUUUAUAAAUAAACACUCGAUGGAUCAAAAACAAUCCAUAAAGGAGAUACAUCAAAUCUUUCAUAAUGAAAACUUUCGAGUCAAAAUAUAAGUUAAAUUGUCAAUCUCCUCAUUAGGAGCAGAAUCUAUUUGACCAAUUCUGACAAAAGACGAUAAAUUGUCACUCGACAAAGCUCAUACGUUUGCAUUACAUCUAAAGUUAAUUGUAAACAUUAAUGACUAGCAAAUGAUAAUCAAAUGUUCUGACGAUUGAAACAAUUGAACAAAGUAUUCAAUUGUGUAGCAGUUUAAUUUUAUUAGGCACUCCGAGCCUUUUUUUAGCCCUUCAACAAUGAAACCUAAACUUAUUCAAACAAACAAUUAAAUUGAUUAGUUUC